CCGGCACCAUGGGAGCGGGCACCAGGGGCCCGCGGGGCCACGGGGCUGCCAGGACAGCGCCCACCCCAGCCCGGUGACAGCGAGGGGCUGGCUGGCAGCACCUGCUCGCCACCUCCCGUGUCCCCUGUCCCCGUGUCACCUCUUCCUCGUGACGCAGGUCCGGCCUUCGCGGGACCCUUGGCCCCACCAUGGGGUGUUCAUGACGGAGGAGGGAAGCAGCAGGAGCUGCAGGUGGGCAGGGGGCGUUGGAUGGGCACGGCGGCUCCCCGAGGGACGGCUCCGUCCUGCCCCCGGCUCUGAGGAUGCACAGGCUGCUCCUGCUCGGCUGCCUCUGGCUCCUGGCAGCACCCCCAGUGUCCAGCAUCUUCCAGCGGCCAACGGGGACCCCAGCCCCCCUGCACCUGCAGUACCUGCUGGAGCCCCUGCACCCCACGGUGCACACGCAGCGCGGUGCCACGGCCACCCUGCCCUGCGUGCUGCGCGCCCUGCCUCGCAACUACCGCGUCAAGUGGAGCAAGGUGGAGCCGGCCAACUACAGGGAGAACAUCAUCAUCAUCACCAACGGGCUGUUCCACAAGAACUACGGGCCGCUGAGCCCGCGGGUGCGCCUGCGGCACAGCCACCGCUACGACGCCUCGCUCACCAUCACCGACGUGGCGCUGGAGGACGAGGGGCGCUACCGCUGCCAGCUGGUCAACGGGCUGGAGGAUGAGAGCAUCUCGCUCACACUGCACCUCGAGGGCGUCGUCUUCCCUUACCAGCCCAGCAACGGGCGCUACAAAUUCAACUACCACGAAGCCAAGCGAGCCUGCGAGCAGCAGGACUCCCGCCUCGCCACCUACCAGCAGCUGUACAAAGCAGGACUGAGCUGCCUCUCGCCCCACAGCCUGGACGGAGGGGCUGGACUGGUGCAACGCCGGCUGGAUCCUGGACGGGACCGUGCACUACCCCAUCAUCAACGCGCGGGAGCCGUGCGGCGGCCGCCUGCUCCUGCCCGGGGUGCGCACCUACGGCGCCAGGGACAAGCAGAAGGACAGAUUCGAUGCUUUCUGCUUCACCUCUGCCCUUCAAGGCCAGGUCUACUUCAUCCGGGGCCACCUGAACUUCAAGGAGGCGGGGCAGGCGUGUCGCAACCACGGGGCUGCCCUUGCCAAGGUGGGCCAGCUCUACUCAGCCUGGAAGUUCUCGCAGCUGGACCGCUGCGACGGGGGCUGGCUGGCGGACGGCAGCGUCCGCUACCCCAUCACCACGCCCCGGCAGCGCUGCGGCGGGCUGCCCGACCCCGGCGUGCGCAGCUUCGGCUUCCCCAGCAAGGAGAUGAGGACCUACGGCACCUACUGCUUCGUGGGCAAGUGAGGAAGGACACGGGUCUGGGCAGAGGGGACAGCGGUGGGAGACCAGUCCUCAUCACCUGGGCAGAGAGGUGGAGGCGGGCAGGAGGGGUGGGUGGUCUCACAGCGGUUUUGGGUGGUUCGUGCAUCCUCUGGUAGAGCUGGGUGUGGGGUUCCCCUGAUGGAGAGGGUGCCCGUGUCCCACCCCAUGAGGCUUGUGGGGUGUUUGGGACUCCCUAUGGGGUAUUUUGGACUCCUUGUGGGGUGUUUGGGACACCUUGUGGGGGCUUCAUGGGGAAGUUAGGACACGGGGCUUUGCAGAGGGGACAGCGGUGGACCACUGGCCCUCAUCACCUGGGC